UGUAAAAGUAUAGGCCAAGAUGCCACUCUUAAAGCGUGUGGUGUCACCCGUGCAUGUGUCACGGGUGCCCUUGGUGGAGGAGUGGGUGACGGACGACAAUGGCAGAGUCUACGCGGCUCUCCUGCCAGCCACCAAUCAACCGCAGGACCUAGAGUCCUUUACCAACCUCACCCUUGCCAACCUCAUCACCCAGUUAUCAUCACUUUCCCGACAUGCAGAAGACUUGUUUGGGGAAAUGAUAACGGAAUCCACCUCCAUUUUGAAUCGAACAGUAUCAUUACAAGGCAGGGUUGAUAAGCUCUCAGUCAAGGUUAAGAACUUGGAUAGCAAUGUAGAAGAAGUAUCAUUGCAAGACAUUCACAUGCGUAAGGCUUUCAAGUCUUCAGCACUGUUUGAUCAGCAAGUGGUUUCAAGAGACACCAUCCCAGCUGCCAUGUUGGAGACAUACGAGACAUGUGAGCAACCUCCGCCUCUUCACCAGCUGAAUCCCUACAGGGAUGACGGCAAGGAUGGACUGAAGUUCUACACGGAUCCAUCCUACUUCUUCAACCUCUGGCGUGAGGAGAUGACCCAGGAGACCGAGCGGCUGAAGCUGGACAAGAAGCAGAAGCAUGCACAUGGAGGGGAGCAUCGAAAUGAGCCAAAUAAACCGAAGGGAGAUGGAAGAAACAAGAGUAAAAAGAUUCCUCGGCAAGCAGGAAACACGAGGGAAAAGCACCGACAGCUGGCCAUUGCUCACGGGGAAUACAUCGCACCACAGUCGCAGUAUAGGACUCCGAUGAAUCAAGUCAAUGAGAAUAUGUAUGACCAGUCAUUAGGAAUGAGCACAGCAGAUGGACGACCAUUGCGACCAAAUAGUAUAGAGCUUCGUGGUCAUUAUGUGAAUGCACAAACUGGGGUAUGUUUCACAAUUGCAAUCAGUGCACUUGUAGUCUGUAAUGGUAUGUCAUGAAUCUUUUAAGUGAAA